GACUGUACUACACACACAUCACUAAUCAGUGAACUUGGGCCAUAGAGGUUCAACUAUGCGUUCAUUGGUUCGCGGCACUGAACUCGGAAAUGCACUUACUUUCUGCGGAAAUAGAGAAACGGCGAAAAAUGACGCUUCAGAAAUUCAAGUUGUAAUGCGCCGCAACGCAUUUUGAAAUCGUCCCGAGUUUCAGCCAAAAUCCACAAAGGCCGUACUAUGACGUCCCACGGUAAAGCAGAGACUGAAAGAUUGCGAAAAAACCUCGAGGAACAGUUGGAUAGACUUGUGCAACAGUUAGAAGAUUUGGAAGAGUGCCGGAGCGAGUUGGACGAAGCAGACUACAAUGAAACUAAAGCUGAAACAAUGGAUCAGCUCAAAGAUUUUAACGAAAGUCUACAACGAAUGAUAUCUGGAGAUAUGACGCUUGUAAAUGAUCUGGGAGCGAUGCAGCUGGCAACCCAAGCUGCGAUCAGCGCAGCCUUUCAAACCCCUGCGGUUAUCAGAAUGUUUGGUAAACGCGAACCGGCACAGUUGAGAGAACGUUUGUACCAAGUUGAACGUGACGCUAAGCUUGGAAAGCUAAGCAAAGAAGCAAGCGAUAGACAGCGCGGGGAAAUACUCAGCGCCUUGAGACAGUUGGGGGAAAAACUGAAUCAAUCCGAAUUACAGCUGGUCGAGAAAUUAUCCCCAGAAUCAGCAGCGCAUUAUAAUUUUGUUCAAAUAGAUGAGAAAAGUCCCAAAGGAAAGAUUGCUGUCGCGCUUGCUGGAGAAGAAGUCAGAGCUAAUGAAAGUACUUGGAAACAUGCCGUCGAUUGAAACUGACGCUUAGCUAACAUCGGUUGUGAUUUCGGAAAUUUCGAAUCUUAUAAGAAUACUAUGAGAUUAUUACAACCCAGUUUCACUUUUAUUGUCAAAUUAUUCAAAAAUCUACAUAUUAUAUAUAUGCUUAUACUAUUUGACUACAUUUGCAUAUUAUUUUUAUGCAGAUUGAACCAGUUCAUGACUACAUCGUUAUAACUAUUCCAUGGAAUAUCAUGUUUUAUAAUUCAUACGUUUUUCUAUUAUAUUAGGUUUGGUGAGGCUGCAUGUAAUAAUGCCAUAGAGGCGGUUUUUUCUAUACAAGAAAAGUCAAAACAUAUACCGUGAUGUAAAGGGUACAUUAAAAAAAGGUUUAAAUGCCAUUUCCAGUCCUUGGAAUUCGUAUAAAUAAUAGAUAGAUUUUGAGUUGAUUUACUUAAUAUGUUGCUGAAGUUGAGUCGAAGCCAAAACUCCAACUUUUCCUUUUUUUCUCAGCUGCCAUGUGUUUUUUUCUGCAGGUUUUAGAAUUUACUUCAUAGUUUAUAUAGUUUAUAACUUGGAUAUACAACACAUAUUAACAGUAAGUGAGGUUUUGAAUCACUUUGCAAUAUAUACUUGGAAGUACCAUUAUAUAGGUAUGCAAAAACACACUUCAAUAUAAUAUCUAUAUCGGAUAAUCAAACCAUACUUAUGUAAAAUGUAAAUAAAUAUUAAUAUAUUCUACAUAUUAUUAAAAUUUUUUUACCCAGCAGCUUUAUUAACUUUAUAAAGAAUACACAUGUCCAACAAGUGUGAUGAAAGUGUAACUGUAUAACAUUAUAAUUAAGUUAUUUAACUGGCAAUCAAACGAAUACUAACGGAAUCCCCAAUGAUGGAUGGAAAUAAAUACUUUCUACUUUGCCAAAUAUUCAAAAUGCGUGUUCAAUUUGUUUAGAACUGAUUGCAAAUUCAACGCUUUAUGUAUUCUCUUUCAUGCCAACUUUUUAAAGUGUAUACAGAUUUGAUUCUACAAUAACGUGUAAGAAAUUUCCCAUGCCAAAUUACCAAAAUUCCGAUAUUGAUUAUUUUUCAUUUGGUUAAUUCUUUUUCUCAUACCGGAAUACCCAUCAAAAACCAUUCGUGUAUAAAUUGAGAAAAAAAAACCUGUCAUGUCAAAUACUUCAAAUUUCUUCUACUCUCUAUACAGUUCAUCUUGACAGGUUUCUGGAAAUUCAUAAGCUAAUAAGAGAUUUGUAUGAAUUUGAAUGAAAGUUUGUAUGAAUAGUAUUUCAGAUAGGCACUGUCGUGUGACUUUGGAAAUUUUUUUUGUAUCAGCACCAAUUAUGCAGAGUAAGAAUCUUCAGCACUCUGAACUACGCACAGAAGACUUGCUGAACCAAGUUUAAGUAUAUGAAAAAAAUCAGCCAAAUCAAAAACUGUCAAGGUCGGCGACUCAGUGACUUGGCAGGGCAUGACCCAUAAGUGAUCAGGAUUUAAAUUACGCAGGCUCAUCCUGAUCACUUACAAUGAGUUAUAAAUUUGUUGUGAGUACUAUAAGAACCAUUUGACUUUUGAAUAAAUUUUUAUUCCUCUUUCCUACCUUUUUUUUUGUGACCUAAUAAUAUUUAUAAAAGAUAUUUAAUAUUAACAUAAUGAUUAAUUAUAUCAUUUUCACCUUAAAUAAUAUCGAUUAGAUUAAAGAUUAAGAAAUAACGGUAUGUUGUAUAAUCAAGAACAGGUUUAAACUGAAAUUCGCGGAUCGUUUUUGAUCAACACAAACCGUUUCUACCGGUAAUGAGCAAACUAAAGUGAAGGCGAUUUUGGGCUCCCAUUAUAGUGCGAUUAGGGUGCAUUAUUAUAACAACAGAUUCCAAGUUCCCGGAAAAUUAGAACGUUUCACUAGUAAGAUGACUUGUUCUUAGAUUGAAAUCUAGUUAUCACUCAUUGUGAAACAUGAAUAAUCUUACUCUCAAAAAUACCUACAGAAUAGGUAAAGAUUUAAUCCACAGGUUUGCUGUAGUAGAUCAAGUUUUUAAUAUACGCUCGUUCAAAUGAAAUCUGAGCAAGUACUGAUCAUAUGUAACAAAUGAAACAUCAAACUUUUAUUAAAGUUCAAAAA